CGCUCACCCCAAGUGUGUCUUAUUUAAACCAGAGACUCGACCACAACAAAACAAACUCACCAUUACCAAAAAGAGAAAAAACGAAACACUGAAACGCUUCGUUUCAUUCAUUCAGUUUCUUUCACCAACCUUCCACGAUGAACCCGCGAACGACGUCGUCAUCGUCGAAGACGAAGAAGAAGCAAACGGCACCAGAGCCGCACCAUACGGCAUGGGGCGGGAGAUACCUCGGCGUGCGGCGGAGGCCGUGGGGACGGUACGCGGCGGAGAUUCGCGACCCUUCAACCAAGGAGCGGCACUGGCUGGGCACCUUCGACACCGCCGACGAGGCCGCACUCGCCUACGACCGAGCCGCACGUGCCAUGCGCGGAUCACGUGCGCGCACCAACUUCGUCUACGCCGACACCACUCCCGGCUCAUCCCUCACCCCCAUCAUCUCCCCCGACCAACAACCCCUCCCUCAACCCGACCCGGUUCUAACCCUGGACCCGUUUUCCCUGCUGGGGUUUUCCUCCGGUUCUUCCUCCUACGAUGAAAAUGCCUCGGCCAACGUGGCAGCCUCCCACUUCAGCCAACAACCGUUUUUCGCAAAUAAUGAUAACAAUAAUUAUUACAAUAAUAAGAAUGAUAAUGAGAACAGUGGGAGCACGGUGGAGCUUCCUCCAUUGCCACCGGAUAUUACAAGUUCCAUGGGUUACGUGAUGGAACAGCAGAGUGAUGGAUUUUAUUGGGAGAGUAGUCCAAUGUUGGGUGCAAUGUCAACAGUGUCAGAGAAUGUUAGUGCAGAGUCUGAAGUUUUUGAGUUGGGGAGCUCCUCCUACUUCUUCUUCUGAGAGUUUAUUCUAGGAAACGAUAAUGAUGCAUGGUGUGUACUAGAAGAGUUAGUUUGGUGGGUUUAUGUCUGUAUCCGUGUUCUGUGUGCCCGUGUUGUUUUUGUUGUUUUCUCAUUUGGGUCGUGGAACGAGACUUUGCGAUCGUGAAUGGGGGAAAUAGUGUUAUUAUUUAAGACCUGGGUUUGUCUUCCAGAGUGCGUAAUGUAAAGUGUUACGUUGCGACCAAAUGGUGAAUAUAACCAUCAUUUUACGUUA